AUGGCACGACAAAAAAAGUUGAGUGAUGCAGAAAAGAAAUUAAAAAAGAAAGAGUAUGAGAGAAAAAGGCGAGAAAAAAUGAAAAAUAAUGCGGAAUAUUUGGAAAAACAGCGAGAAAAGGAAAGGUUAAAAUAUAUGAAGAAAAAAGAGAAGGGUCAAGAGAAAUCAGUCACUGCUAUGAGUGCUAGAGAAUGCAGACAAAAACGAAAGCAGUGGAAAAAAAAUAGUAAAGUAUAUAGGAACAAUACAGCUACAACAGCACACAAAACUUUACAUAGAAUUCUUGAUGAUGCACCUCCAACAAGUCCGACACUAGUUUUGCAGCAAUGUAGAGCAAUGUACAGCAAUGUAGAUGUAGCUGCUCGUAAUAGACGUUAG